CACAUCUCGCGAGGCCACGGUUCUAUCGGCGGAUCUGGGUUUACAGGGAAGAUGGAGUAUCCCGCGUUCGGUACGGUGCCGGCCACGGACAGCGGAGGGGUCCAGCCGUACAACAGCUCGGAGGAGCCGGAGGGUCGGGAACCGGACGGGCUGCGCUUCGACCGCGAGAGGGCGUGCCGCCUGUGGGAAGCAGUGUCCGGGGCCCAGCCAGUGGGGAGGGAGGAAGUGGAGCAUAUGAUCCAGAAGAACCAGUGUCUCUUCACCAACACCCAGUGUAAGGUUUGCUGCGCCUUGCUCAUUUCAGAAUCUCAGAAGCUGGCACACUACCAGAGCAAAAAACAUGCCAACAAAGUGAAGAGAUACCUAGCAAUCCAUGGAAUGGAGACAUUAAAGGGGGAAAUGAAGAAGCUAGACUCAGAUCAGAAGAGCAGCAGAAGCAAAGACAAGAACCAGUGCUGCCCCAUCUGUAACAUGACCUUUUCCUCCCCUGUCGUGGCCCAGUCGCACUACCUGGGGAAGACCCACGCAAAGAACUUAAAGCUGAAGCAGCAAUCCACUAAGGUGGAAGCUCUGUCGAAACGCCUUACAAACCCUUUCCUUGUGGCCUCCACCUUAGCCUUACACCAGAAUAGAGAGAUGAUAGACCCAGACAAGUUCUGCAGCCUCUGCCACGCAACUUUCAACGACCCUGCCAUGGCUCAUCAACAUUAUGUGGGCAAGAAACACAGGAAACAGGAGACCAAGCUCAAACUCAUGGCACACUAUGGGCGGCUGGCAGACCCUGCUGUCACCGACUCAGCCGGGAAGGGCUACCCAUGCAAGACAUGUAAGAUAGUGCUGAACUCCAUAGAACAGUACCAAGCUCAUGUCAGCGGCUUCAAACACAAGAACCAGUCACCAAAAACAAUAGUAUCAUCUCUGGGCCAGAUUCCAAUGUAAAGACAACCCAUUCGGAAAGACUCAACUACUUUGGAAGACUAGAGGUGUUUCUGUCCAGCACCCCAGGUUGAA